UAUGGGAAGGUAUAUUAUAUAAGAAAAAUAAAAAAGAGCUAAAAAACCCUUUAAGAGUAGUACAACAGAAAGAAGUUGAAAUUGUUUUAGAAGCAACACACAGAAGUGCUAUUGGAGAUAUUUAG